AUGAAGCUAUAUAUUAGAAACACUUCAGAGAUCGGCACUGAGAAUGCCCGAGACUCCUGGGGACGUUCGGCCUCGGCUGUGACCGAUGACUUUAGGGUCAGCUCGCUCGCUGCUGGUGUCGACCUUGACUUAUUGAUAGCAAGCACAACUAUGGAAAACCAACUCAAUCGCGAUACGCAAACUAGCUCCGACAUCAUACCGUCUGCAGAGUUAUACGACCUGGACGAUGAGUGUUACGAUAGAGUAAAUGGGCUUAUAACUCUAGACAUAGCUAGUGUUGGCGACCCCGACCCUCGAACCUCCUUUUCAUGGGCAAUUACUCCAGAGUUGAAUGCUGAAGUUGGUGGAAGAAGCCAGGAAGAUCGCCUGCAGGGGAUUACCGAUGCGGCCGAAGCUAUAACGGUUCCGGAACUACGGGCGUUAAGUGAUUCCGUUUAUAAUGAGCUCGGAUCCUACGUUUGUAAGACGACAGGUGACACUUUCGCUUACAUAUAUUCUCUUCAGAGUCAGUCACAAGCUCUCGCGACGCUUCGAAAAAGCAUCCGCGAUCUUAAAAGCCGCGAAGACCGGAAUUACGGUGAAGAGAUAGCGUGCCUGAAGAGAGACGUAUUAGCCACCGUCCUCCUCCAGCUAACGGUGGAAAUGGCCAAUGGCGGUCGACAGAUGCCCGGCCAUAUCGACUUCGCCAUGCAACUCUUUGACGACCUUGGCUACGUGCGUGUUCGGCCUGCCUUAUCAGUUGAAACUGAGAUUAGGGCGCUGGCGAAUCGGUACUUUAAUGGCGAAGAACGACCUCGAGAGCGAAAAUACUUGACACUACUAGCUAAAUGUUUCUACUGGAGUACUGUCAUUUUAUUGCAACGCCGCGUAUUCCGAGAUGCGCCAUCUUCGAAUCGGGUCCAGGCGGCUCUUGCUAUGCUCCUCAAGCUCAUGGAUGAUCUGCCACUAGGCUGCGGCCCUGACUCGUCCCUCUCCCUGCCAUUAUACGUUGCUGCGCGAGAGUCGGUUGAUGCUGAGCACCGCGAAAGGGUUAGAGAAAAGAGCCGCCAACUGAUCAGCCAUUACCCAUCCAAAACUCGGGAGGCUAUGCUAGUAGCCUUUGAGACAUGGUGGCACGACAUGGACGUUGCGGACGACUGGAUAGAAUUGACCAUCAGGCCCAGGAGUGCCGUUGACCAAGUGAAGGAUGGGACGCUGUUGAUGAUAUAA